UCCUCUGCGACCAACACCAACAUGUCUGCAAAACUGAUCCUCGUGGUGGGCGCCCUCGCGGCUGUGGCCUCCGCCGUCCCCCGUCCCGACUCUCCUCCCGUCUACGGCGCUCCUCCCCCGACCUACAAGCAGCCAGGAAUGCCCUUCGAGUUCGCCUACGCCGUCAAGGACCCUUACUCGGGCAAUGACUACGCCCACGCCCAGACCAGCGACGGUCACGUCACCUCCGGAUCGUACAGCGUGGCUCUUCCCGACGGCCGAACCGAGAUCGUGGAAUUCACCGCCGAUCACGACAACGGCUACGUCGCCAACGUCGCGUACGAGGGGGAGGCCUCCUACCCCGCCCCUGCCCCCUCCUACCACCCAGCUCCCUCCUACCCUCAUCCCCCUUCCUACCCACCUCCCCCACCCCACCCACAUCAAUAAAACCCCUCCAUCUCAGAUGCACCGAAGUGGCUCUCCCCUGAGCAUCAAAAGAGACCAAAGGAAAGAACGUUCUAAAAUUCAAGUAACACCAUCAAAAGGCGCAUAAAAGCCACAAAGCAAGCCAAAGUGCCUGUCAUCCUUCAUCCUUCCACUCUCCACCUCUAAUUCCUCCACGUAUUUCCACAUAUUUCAGCAUCCAUUUUGAACACGUUUUUAGUACCUGUAUCUGCAGAUCCGCCGAUAUCAGUCAAAGGUGACUCGGUCCUCCUCCUCUCUAGACAAACUGCCAAUGUAUAGAAUCUAUACUACAGGCUAACACUGGGGAGGAUCCAACACUAGGUCGAGUGGGAUCUUACGCUACAUUAUCGUACUCAAUCGUAUAUGACUACACACUUCCAUACAUUGUUAACUGUUGCCCAUGAGUGUCCAAAAAAGCACCGCCAUUUCUUC